AUGAGCAAACACACGGAGAGGAGGAAAGUGGGAGAAGUAGCGGGAGGAGCGGCGGCGGAGUGCGCGGCGGUGUGCUGUUGCUGCCCUUGCGCGGUGGUUAACCUGGUCGUUUUGGCUGUCUACAAGGUUCCUGCGGCUGUUUGUAAGAAAGCGUGGAAACGCAGUAAACGGCGACGUUUAAUGAUGAAACGUCAUGGUUUGCUUGCAUCAGCGGGAGCGGCGAAAGGGAGUGAGAGCACCGUGCAUGCAAGGUUGAAGGAAGAAGAUCCAACGGCUGAGAUUGUUGUUUUGGAGAAAAAAGAAGUGAAUAGCGAAUUAAACGAUGGUAUCAAGCUUGAGGAUGAAAUGUUGGAACAUUUUUAUGGGGCGGGUUUUUGGAGGAGCCCGUCACAGAGGGAUACGUCAUCGGGAAAAUUUUAA